GCUAGGGCUCCGGUUUGGGCUGUUGAGCUUGGAAGCUGUCUGGGAAGAGAUUCCCUUUUUCCUAAGGCCGAUGGCUGGCGAAGAAGCGUAACCUUCCCCGCCUCCGGGAUUUGGGCUAGAUUCUUCUCUUGGACUUUGCGACUCGUGACCUGAACAUGCUGUGAUGUGUGCCCAGGGAGAAAUUGGUCACCCACACGACCUGGAUCUUGCUGUAUUUUGGACAUGACUGAGCUUCUUCAAUGGGCCAGAUAUCACUGGCAGCGGCUGACUCGUGGUACAAACAGGACUGAUGAUGAGAGACCAUACAACUAUUUUUCUCUACUUGCCUGUGGGUGUGAGUCCUCUCAGACCCCCAGACUGGCAGGAAAACACCGGGUUGUUGUUCCCCAUCUCCGGCCCCUCAAAGAUGAGUAUGAAAAGUUCUCUGGAACCUACGUGAAUAAUCGAAUACGAACAACAAAGUAUACGCUUCUGAAUUUUGUGCCAAGAAAUUUAUUUGAACAAUUUCACAGAGUUGCCAAUUUAUACUUCCUGUUUUUGGUUGUCCUCAACUGGGUACCUUUGGUGGAAGCCUUCCAAAAGGAAAUUACGAUGUUGCCUCUGGUGGUGGUCCUUACAAUUAUUGCAAUUAAAGAUGGCUUAGAAGAUUACAGAAAAUACAAAAUUGACAAACAGAUCAACAAUUUAGUAACUAAAGUUUACAGUAGGAGAGAGAAAAAAUAUGUGGACCGAUGCUGGAAAGAUGUGACAGUUGGAGACUUUAUUCGCCUCUCCUGUAACGAGAUCAUUCCUGCAGAUAUGGUCUUACUGUUUUCUACUGAUCCAGAUGGAAUCUGUCAUAUCGAGACUUCUGGUCUUGAUGGAGAGAGCAAUUUAAAACAACGGCAGGUGGUUCGGGGCUUUGCAGAGCUGGACUGUGAGGUUGAUCCUGAGAAAUUUUCCAGUAGGAUAGAAUGUGAAAGUCCAAAUAAUGACCUCAACAGAUUCCGAGGCUUCCUAGAACAUUCCAACAAAGAACGUGUGGGUCUCGGUAAAGAAAAUUUAUUACUUAGAGGAUGCACCAUUAGAAACACAGAGGCUGUUGUGGGCAUUGUGGUUUACGCAGGCCAUGAAACCAAGGCGAUGCUGAAUAAUAGCGGUCCCAGGUAUAAGCGCAGUAAAUUGGAAAGAAGAGCAAAUACAGAUGUCCUCUGGUGUGUCCUGCUUUUGGUUAUCAUGUGUUUAACAGGUGCACUGGGUCAUGGAAUCUGGUUGAGUAGAUAUGAAAAUGUGCCCUUUUUUAAUAUCCCUGAACUUGAUGGACAUGUCACACCUCCAGGGUUGGCAGGAUUCUAUAUGUUUUGGACUAUGAUCAUUUUGUUACAGGUCUUGAUUCCCAUUUCUCUCUAUGUUUCCAUUGAAAUUGUGAAGCUUGGACAAAUAUAUUUUAUUCAAAGUGACAUGGAUUUCUACAAUGAGAAAUUGGAUUCUACUGUUCAGUGCAGGGCCCUGAACAUUGCUGAGGACCUUGGACAGAUUCAGUACCUCUUUUCAGAUAAGACAGGAACCCUAACGGAGAAUAAGAUGGUUUUUCGAAGGUGUAGUGUGGCAGGCUUUGAUUACUGCCAUGAAGAAAAUGCAAAGAGGUUAGAGUCCUAUCAGGAAGUUGUCUCCGAAGAUGAAGAUCUUGUAGAAGCUCCCAGUGGUUCCCUCAGCAAUGUGGCAAAACUAAAGGCCUCCAACUGCCGGGCAGUUCAUCAUGGGCCUUUGGGAAGUAAAUCCUCGAAUUAUCUUGUGGGGAGCUGUUUUGCUUCAGGAAGUGGAGAAGGAGCCGGUGAAGUGCCUCACUCCAGACAGGCUGCUUUCAGUAGCCCCAUUGAAACGGAUGUGGUUCCAGACAUCAGACUUUUACAAAAAUUUAGUCAAAUUACACCUCAGCUCUUUAACUCCUCAGUUGAAGCCCUCCCAAAUCCACCCCUGGAGACUUUAUACAUCUUUGACUUCUUUAUUGCUUUGGCAAUUUGUAACACAGUAGUGGUUUCUGCUCCUAACCAACCACGACAAAAGGUUGGCCUCUCUUCACUUAGUGGAAUGCCCAUUAAGUCUUUGGAAGAGAUUAAAAACCUCUUCCAGAGAUUGUCUGUCCGGAGAUCAAGUUCACCAUCUCUUGCCAGUGGCAAAGAGCCUUCAUCUGGGGUCCCGAACCCCUUUGUGAGCAGGCUGUCUCUCUUCAGUAGGAUGAAACUGACUUCACCUGUAGAGGAAGAGGCCUCCCAGACCAGUGAGAACCUGCAGGACUCAAGUCACCCCGAUUGCCCCUUGGAAACAGAGAACCAAGUCUGUGAGGCCGGCCUCCCCAACAGUCAGGUGGAGUCCCUACCUGGACAGCCCUUGGCCUCCAACCUGUGCUAUGAGGCUGAGAGCCCGGAUGAAGCAGCCCUGGUGUAUGCCGCCAGGGCUUACCAGUGCACAUUACGGUCCCGCACCCCAGAGCAGGUCAUGGUGGACUUUGCUGCUCUGGGACCACUAACAUUUCAACUCUUACACAUCCUGCCCUUCGACUCAGUAAGAAAAAGAAUGUCCGUUGUAGUCCGGCACCCUCUUUCCAAUCAGGUUGUGGUAUAUACAAAGGGGGCCGAUUCUGUGAUCAUGGAGUUACUGUCCACAACUAACCCAGAUGGAGCAAGUCUGGAAAAACAACAGAUGAUAAUAAGGGAGAAAACCCAGAAACACUUGGACGACUAUGCCAAACGAGGCCUACGCACUUUAUGUAUAGCAAAGAAGGUCAUGAGUGACAAUGAAUAUGCAGAGUGGCUGAAGAAUCAUUUUUUAGCUGAAACCAGCAUUGACAACAGGGAGGAGUUACUGCUGGAGUCAGCUAUGAGGUUGGAGAACAAACUAACUUUACUUGGGGCCACUGGCAUUGAAGACCGUCUGCAAGAGGGAGUCCCUGAGUCUAUAGAAGCCCUCCACAAGGCCGGCAUCAAGAUCUGGAUGCUGACAGGGGACAAGCAGGAAACAGCUAUCAACAUUGCUUAUGCGUGCAAACUGCUGGAGCCUGAAGACAAGCUAUUUAUCCUCAAUACCCAAAGUAAAGAUGCCUGUGAGAUGCUGAUGGGCACAAUUGUGAAAGAACUUCAGAAGAAUCCAGCCUCUCUAGAGCAGACAUCCUCAAGUGAGGGUGUUGGCCCACAGGCUUCAGGGCCAAGGGCCGGCCUCAUCAUCACUGGGAAGACCUUGCAGUUUGCCCUACAAGAGAGUCUCCAGAGGCAGUUCCUGGAGCUGACUGCUUGCUGUCAAGCCGUGGUCUGCUGCCGAGCCACACCCUUGCAGAAGAGUGAGGUGGUAAAACUGGUACGCAACCACCUCGGGGUGAUGACGCUGGCCGUCGGUGAUGGUGCCAAUGAUGUCAGCAUGAUACAAGUAGCAGACAUUGGAAUAGGGAUCUCAGGCCAGGAAGGCAUGCAGGCGGUGAUGGCCAGUGACUUUGCUGUAUCUCAGUUUAAACACCUCAGCAAGCUCCUUCUUGUCCAUGGGCACUGGUGUUACACACGCCUCUCCAACAUGAUUCUCUAUUUUUUCUACAAGAAUGUGGCCUAUGUGAACCUCCUAUUCUGGUACCAGUUCUUCUGUGGGUUUUCUGGAACAUCCAUGACUGACUACUGGGUCUUGAUUUUCUUCAACCUCCUCUUCACAUCCGCCCCUCCUGUCAUUUAUGGUGUCUUGGAGAAAGACAGACAGUUGGAUGAAGAAAGACAGGCCUACUUACCCCUCACCUUCUGGAUCACUUUGUUGGACGCCUUUUACCAAAGCCUGGUCUGCUUCUUUUUUCCUUAUUUUACCUACCAGGAUUCAGAAAUUGACAUCUUUAGCUUUGGAAACCCUGUGAACACAGCUGCUUUGUUUAUCAUUCUCCUCCACCUGGUCAUUGAAAGCAAGAGUUUGACAUGGAUCCACAUGCUGGUCAUCGUCGGGAGCAUCUUAUCUUACUUCUUCUUUGCCUUGAUCUCUGGAGCCAUGUGUGUAACGUGCAACCCACCAUCCAACCCUUACUGGAUUAUGCAGAACCACAUGCUGGACCCCAAGUUCUACUUAGUUUGCAUCCUCACAACCUGUGUGGCUCUUCUACCCAGGUUUAUAUACCGAGUUCUUCAGGGGUCCCUGUUUCCAUCUCCAGUUCUGAGGGCUAAGCACUUUGACAGACUGAGUCCAGAGGAAAGGAUUAAAGCCCUGAAGAAAUGGAAAGGUGCUGGCAAGAUGGGCCAAACGACACCUAAGUGUGCUGACCUCUCAGCUGCCAAGUCUGAGAGAAGACCCAUGUCCGAUUCUUCUGGAGUUUUUGCAAUGAUGUCAAGACCUUCUGGUGCUGAUGAGCAAGGAAAUUUGUCUAUACCUGAAAGUGCUUUGGACUUAGACUACUCAAAAACAAAUGCUUCAGGGAUGGCUGGACCCUCAAAAGAUUAAAAAAGCAAGUUACCUUCCUUGGAGUUGCAAGUAUUCCUAUAAGUUUGGAACAGAGACUUUGAAGAUGCACUUCUACCAAGUAUGAAUGACUUGGAUUUUUCUAGCCUUGGAAAAAACCCAUGUGAUUAUCUUUAUUGUAUGUAUGUAGAUACAUUUCUAAAAGAUAAAGUAUGACCAGGCAGAGGUUAGGGAAGAGAAAUAACAAUCAAAUGCUUCUAUGAAACUUUUUGGAUUUUGUAAAAGCACUUUGAUUAUUUUUCAAGGGGAUUCAUUUAAGAUUUAUUUAUUUUAUGGAAAGAUCUCAGAUUCCAGGAAAGUGCUUCAAGUGAGCAGAUUCCAAUCUGAAUUUUUUUAAUGAAGAAAAAGAGAGUAGUUUUCAUAUUGAUUAGUUAGGACUCAAGAGGAGAUUUCCAUGUGCAAAAAUGUUACAAAUAGUUCAUUUCCAGAGGAAAAAAGUUGUAAGAGCCUUUUAAACUGCAAAAAUAGACAAAACUAUACUAUUUAAAAUACAAUUAGUAACUACAAAUAGUUUAUUACCUAUUGGAAGAUGCCUUUGACCUUCUCACUGAAGAUGUUAGGCACAUCUUUAUUCAUUUCAGUGUUCUUCUGAGGAGGAUUCUUUACUAAAAAGAAUGCCCGUGUUCAUAGGGACUUGUUCCUCUCUCAGCUUCCAGUCAACGAAGAGUCCUCUUUAGGGCUGCCUCUGUGUAGAUGUCGUAAUUGGGAAACAGAUUCAUAGAUAAGGCAAGCAGAAUUAGCUGAGUUGACAGCAAAUUUCUAAUUUCUAAAACUGCUAAGAGCUUGUCCAAAAUGAGACAAUUUCAAAACCAUCAAAAGAGAUCAUGUGAAGGGUCAUAGUCGUUACUAUGAUCUUACAACACUCUAAAAAUGUGAUAUUAUGAAUUGAGACUAAUAUGGGUGGUUUUCAAUAGGAUGCCAAGAAUUUGUUUUUAAUGCAUUUGUAGGAGAAGAAUGUCUAUAGCAAUUUAACUGCUGUUUACAAAUCUUGUAUGCUGGUUUUAGUUGAAACAAAGAAAAUAUAUCAGUAGGUCCAGCUGUUACUGUAAUAAUACCAUGUAUUCUUCUUUUAAAAUUUACCUGAAAAUUGUCAGCUACCAGUCACCCAGAAUUGCCUUCAUGAAAUCUCCAUAUUAAUGUUCUAUGUCUAUAACAAGGUCUUCUUAAUGACUAUUAAACUGUUAUUCUCAGGGCUUGCACCUUCUGCCUAUUGGUCUGUUCUGGUCUGACUUUAUUUAUUUUUUUGGUAGCCUUGUGAUAUUAUUGCACUAGUCUUUUAUAUACACUGUGAUUUCUAGAAUUUUCAAAAUCCCAUAUGACUAGUGGAAGUUGCUUUCUGCUUCCUUAUGUUUUUUUAACAACUGUUUAAUAAAUAAUGUGUACUGAAAAACUGUCAUCACUCUUGAAGACAUGCAUUGCAUCAAGAUGUAAUUGAUACCAGAACUUAGAAAGAAAAUCCCAUAACAAACCUUUUACCAGAAUAUUGUUUUUGCCUUCUUUCAUGGAAAAUCAGUGAUAUCAUCUGUUAUCUUCAGCAGUUGGUAAUCAUUACCUGAGUUCAACAUCUUAAAAACAAAAAUGUUACAUGUAAUAAAGGAUUAGAAUCUAUAAAAAGAAUAUUCAAAAAGAUAAAAUGGUCAAUCCCCAACAUGUGAAAUAAUUGUUUAUUUAAGUAGAGGAAAGUGGUAUUG